AUGAAAUCAAGCGUUUUCAACAAGUUCCUCACUCCAGUGGUACUGGAAUCAUCCCCUAGCGUGGCGUCAUUAUCUGGAACUCCAUUGAAGAGCAUUCUGUCGACGCCAGCCAAGUCUGAGUCCGGUGUGUCGAGUGAAGUGCCUGCAACUCAGGAAGUCGUGACUGAGUCGGAUGAUGAAGAGCUCAUUAGAUCGGAAGGAUUUUGUGUAGACGAGUGCAGCCGAUUGUCUCCUAAUCGCCCUUCGGAGGAGAAACAUGAACCCAGAACGGAGACAGAAGAGGAUUCAGAUUCUUCGGAUGACGACGAUGAGCUGAGCUAUAAAACUGUGAUGAAGAUGAAUUUGACCGGAGUUGCGCGUGAAUUCGCGGAAUAUCUGCUCAUGCGACAAUCGGAACGCGCCAUAGCUAGGAGGGAUCCUAGUCGGAGCACAGUUACCUAUGAAGUGUGGAGACGUACAGGUCAGUGA